GACAUUGAAGUUUGACAUUUACUAAAGUCUAAAAUUGCGAUUUUAGUCCAUUCCAAAAUCAAAAAGGGCUCGCUUUCGAGACACAAAAUCUAGAGUUCUUUUGUUUCAAUUAACAUAAUAUCUCGAAAAUAUGGCUGGCGCAGUAGCUAAAAUACCGUCGUUGAUUAACACGGCGAUUGCUGACUUCAGGCCCAAGUUUGCCAUUUUCAUGAAGUACGCUAAGGUCGAACUGGCUCCUCCCAAGCCCAGCGAGAUUCCACAGAUCCGGGCUGGAAUAGCCAAACUGUUGUCAAGUGCCAAGUCUGGUGCAUGGAAGCAACAAACUGUGAAGCAGGCCACAUUAAACACCCUUGUCGGAGCUGAAGUGCUUUUCUGGUUCUAUGUCGGAGAAUGUAUUGGAAAGCGCCACAUUGUUGGAUACAACGUCUAAUUUAAUCACACCUAAUGCUCUGUAGUUAUAAUGUUCAAUAAAAUCGAUAAAUUAUA